CGCAGUUUACACGCGCUACCGUCACUACUACUCCAGGCACCAAACAAUCUUUGUUGUUGUCGCCAUGCCCAUUCGAAGCGAUUGGACCCUUGCGCGUGAAGGCGUGACGGGCGAUACCAUCAGUCGCCUCAUCAGAUACACGGCCUUCAAUCCCGCCCUCACGCUUCCCCUCGUCCUCCUCGCGCGCUACACACAGCAAGGCAACCUCCUCGCUCAAGACCAUGCCUCAGUGUUCAAGGGCUUGAAGACACUGCUUGGCCUGGGUGCGCUCAGUACCGUCAACGCGUGGCUAAACAGCGGAGUGACCAACAACUGGACCAAAGACGAAUAUGUGUGGAGUCGUGAGGUUGUCGUUGUGACGGGAGGCAGUGAUGGUAUUGGCAAGAUCGUAGUACAGUUACUGGCCGAGAAGGGAAUCAAGGUUGCAGUCCUCGACGUUCAGGACUUGACGUAUGAAGCACCACCGUCCGUCCGCUUCUUCAAAUGCGACCUCAGCUCCCCCGACGCCAUCGCCGACGCAGCUUCCUCAAUCCGCUCCACACUGGGAAACCCCACGGUCCUCAUCAACAAUGCAGGUGUCGCACGCGGCAAGACCAUCCUCGAGUCGACCGAAAAGGACAUCAACCUGACCUUCAAGGUCAACACUUUCAGCCACUACUACCUCGCCCAGCAGUUCCUUCCUAGCAUGAUUGCCAACAGCCACGGCAUGAUCGUCACCGUCGCCUCUGUCGCCGGCUACCUCGCUGCCCCCUCCAUGGUCGACUACGCCGCGUCCAAGGCCGCUGCACUGUCCUUCCACGAAGGUCUCUCCGCCGAACUUACUGCUCGCUACAACGCACCUAAGAUAAGGACUGUACUCAUGGCCCAAAACUAUACACGCACCGCUCUGUUCGAAGGCUUCGAUUCCAGGGGCGUCUUGUAUCCCGAGACGGUUGCCGAGAGUAUUGUCAAGGCCGUGUUGAGUGGCAAGAGUCAGCAUAUUGUUCUGCCCGAGACUGCCUGGUUCAUGCUGCCAAGGAUAAGGGGCUGGCCGUUGUGGAUGCAAUAUGGCCUGAGGAAGAGGCUGGGCAAGCUUAUGAAGGGUUGGAAAGGCAGGCAGGUCGUACAGCCUAGUUUGGCAGGAGGAGAGAAUGAGAAGAGGGUUGAGGAUAGUACUGUGCUUGUUGAUGCUGAGUAGGAUCGGGCAUGGCGAGUCAAGUAAUUUAUGGUGACGAGAGUAAUUUACAGUUCUUCCGAAGUAGCCUUGUAGAUACCAGAUGUUGAUACCUCUUUUGACUUGUAACAUAAUCUUGAGCUUCACUCAUGUAUCCAUGGAUGAUCUCACUACUCGACAGCAAUGUGUAGGA